AUGUUCUCCAAAGAAAAGACCGACGAUCAAUUUGACCCAUCAGGGCGCAAUGGCAGCAUCGAUAUUGAAGUCGGCCCCCAUGAAGAUGCCUCCGGUCCACAAGAUUCCUCCAAGGCCCUGAAAAGAGGUCUCAAGUCCCGCCACGUAGGGAUGUUCUCCAUUGCUGGUGCCAUAGGAACCGGACUUAUCAUCGGCAGUGGCACAGCACUGUCACAAGGCGGGCCUGGCAGUAUGUUCAUUGCAUAUUGUUUUGUCGGCAUGCUCGUUUUGAACAUCAUGUCUGCUUUGGGCGAGAUGGCUGUGUAUAUGCCUAUGGACCAGGGCUUUGGCGGCUAUGCGACGCGUUUGGUAGAUCCGGCCUUUGGUUUUGCAACGGGGAUGAACUACUUCCUCAAAUAUGUCGUGCUGCUAGCCAACAAUCUCACAGCCUCCGGCAUCAUCAUGCAAUACUGGCUACCGGGUAUUAACGUGGCCGUCUGGGUCGUUUCCUUUGCGGUUCCCAUCAUUCUUAUCAAUUUUGCCCCUGUGAAAUACUUUGGCGAAGUCGAGUUCGGCGCGGCAUGCAUCAAAACAGUGACCAUCGUCGGCCUCAUGAUCCUGUGUCUCGUUAUCGAUCUGGGUGGCAGUCCCCAAGGGCGAAUUGGGUUCCGCUACUGGAACAACCCCGGUGCUUUCAAAGAGUUUCUCGUGGAGGGCUCCACAGGCCGCUUCCUUGGCUUCUGGGCCAGCGUGACCAACGCGGCGUUUGCCUACAUGGGCAGCGAGAUGGUGGGCAUGACGUUUGGUGAAGCGAGCAAGCCAUGGAGAACGAUCCCGAAGGCAAUCAAUGCUACGUUCUGGCGUAUCUCGUUUUUCUACAUUGGAGGUGUCUUUUGUCUGGGACUUGUUGUGUCGUCCUCAAGUGAUCGUUUGAUCAACGCUACCAAGGCAAGCACUGGCGCAGGUGCCUCGCCGUUUGUCGUCGCCAUUGUCGAUUCAGGAAUUGCCGUGCUUCCGCAUAUUAUCAACGGGUGUCUGCUCGUCUUUGUGCUCAGCGCGGCCAACACAGAUAUCUACAUCGCCUCUCGCACUAUGUACGGCCUGUCGAAGGACGGCUACAUACCGUCCGUGUUUAAAGUCACGAAGAACUCAAUCCCCGUAUUCUCAGUCGGAUUAUCUGCGGCAUUCUUCCUCCUUGCCCUGCUUAACAUCAGCUCCGGAAGUACCGUUGUAUUCUCGUACUUGGUCUCGCUGUCCACGAUCCUUGGCCUUCUGAACUGGGUCAGCAUCCUUGUCUCUUACCUGUUUUUUCAACAAGGAAUGAAAGCGCAGGGCAUCAGUCGGAGUGUGCUCCCAUAUUCAGGGAAGUUCCAGCAGCCCAGAGCCAUGAUAACGCUGUUCUUCACGGGGCUCAUCAUCAUAACCAACGGUAAGUACCAAGAAGCGUGGUUGAUGUUGAUUUGA